AUGGCUACCGGUACUCCUGCGACGCCUCCUCCUGGAAGUGGCGGUGGCAGUGGCACUUCCACUGGCGGCGGCUUCCAAUUCGGCAGCUUCAUUGAGAAUCAGAUACAGGGAGGCAGAGGUGAGAUCCAGUUUGGUAACCCUUUCUAUCUUAAUCCAAACGAGAAUUUGUCUCAGUCGCUCGUCGGUGAGGCCCUGGAUGGUACUUACUACUCUAUGUGGAGUCGCUCGAUGCGCUUGGCGUUGAAAACCAAGCACAAUCUGGGUUUCAUUGAUGGGUCUAUUCCUGUUCCCCCAGCUGGUAGCGAUCUCUUUCAUUUAUGGUAUGGUUGUAACACAGUAGUUCUUUGUUGGAUUGUAAAUUCCUUGAAGAAGGAAAUUGCUUGGAGUGUUAUGAAUCAUGAGAAUGCUCGCAUUCUUUGGGAAGAGUUGAAGAGACGUUUUGGGCAACCUAAUGCGUUGCGUAUUAUCAAUCUAGAAGAUGACAUUCAUGCUUGCAAACAGGGUGAUCGUACAAUUACUCAGUACUACACAGAAAUCAAAGGGUUUUGGGAAGAUUAUCUGCAAUUCUCACCCAUUGUUCCUUGUCCUUGUGCUCCUAAUAACCCCAAUCCUUGCCCUGCUGUAGUUGCUUUCCAAACUAAGCAAGAGACAGACUAUCUGAUCCGCUUCUUAAGAGGGCUUAACAAGGAAUAUGAAGUUGUUAAGACCCAAUUACUCAUGAUGAAGCCUUUGCCCACUGUUACCGCUGCUGUUGAUGAUUUGCUCUUACAUGAACAAAAGCUCAAGGGGGAUCAGACUAGGUCUAAACACAGUCAAUCUGUUGCUCUGGCUGUUGGCAAUCAAUCUGGGAGGGAUCAGUACAAAGGGAGGCAGGAGGCAGGAUCAGGAAAGCUUUUUUGUCGAUACUGUAAGCGUACAGAUCACACCAUCAAAGAUUGCUGGAAGCUCAAGAAGAAGGAACAAGAGAAAGAAGGAUUUUCUGGCUCCAUUUCUACUGACAGUGCAGCACCUUCUUCUGAGAGUACUGGUAGCAUUUCUGAUGAUGGUUCUAGUCCUUCUAAGGGUGUGAAUGCCUUCUCCACUGAUGAAAUCACACGGCUUAAGACUCUUCUUCAGUUUGGCAUGGAUGCUGGGCCAUUAUCACCAGGUAGCUCACCAAGGAUUACCCCAAAAGCUUAUUCUGUGUCUCAAUUCUUACCUGCAUUUCCAAAUCAUGCUGGACCUUCAGACCCAGAAGAGCAUUGGUUUGGCAAAACAAAGUAA